UGCGUGCUGACCCGUGAUGAGUGGCUCUCCUGCGAGGGAUGGCUUCUGUUUGGAUGCCCCUUUUUAUCUCUUUCUUCUCACCGGCUCAACAGGACGAAGAAAGGAAGCGCGAGAAGAAGAUGACGGCCGUGUCUGCCCUUCUCUGAUGCCCUUCUCGACACCUCACUUGAUCGCGCGCUUAGUUUAAGGGCUUCUCAUCUCCUCCUUCGCUCUCUCCACCGCACGUUCAGUUUCGCCGCCAUGGAAGGGCACACCGACUUCCGCGACUGGGAGAUCCUUCUCGCCCCUGAGGCUGGAGAGGGUUUCGAGCCCUUGGACGGCGCCAUCAAGUACGACUAUUUUUCCCUUGAUUCUCAGAACCCGUGCCGGAAAGUAGCUGCCUUCGACGGAAAUACCCACGAGAAGGAGAUGGAGGAAGCACGCGCCGGUUCUGAUUACGCUAGCUUGGUCGAUCAGGAAUCCGUCUUCUCGUUUCACGACCGGCCGAGGAAGGAGGUGGGUUAUCCCGGAAUGGAGUUGCCUAACAAUGAUCUGGGCGGGUUUCGGUCGGAUGAGUCGACGGACGGGCAAAUAUCGCGUCUUGACGGGGAAAAGGGGGAACUUGGUGAUGCCGGAUGUUUGGAGAUCGGAGAGAAAGCUGAUAAUAACGACGAUGAGAAAGGAGUGGGUCUUCAGGGGACUGGGGGGGCCGAGGGGAGAGAGAUGGAACAUGAGAAUCCUGGCGACGAGGAGCCAGGUGAACCUGUGAAAACUGGUGAGUGCUACGGUUCUGCAUUGGAAAUGAGCGAAAAGAACAAUGGCUCGGAGAAAGCUUUGACUGAGGGAGGGGAGAAAAGACGGCUGGUCUGGUGGAAGCUCCCUUUUGAGCUUCUAAAAUUCUGUGCUUUCAGGGUGAAGCCAGUUUGGUCCAUCUCCAUCGCUGCAGCAAUCUUGGGGAUUCUGAUGCUUCGAAAGCGAUUGUAUAGGAUGAAACCCAAGACUAGAAGGAUUCCUCUGAAGGUCAGCCUGGAUGAAAAGAGGGCAUCCCAGGUCAAAAUCAAUGCAGCCCGUCUCAACGAAGCUUUCUCAGUUGUGAGGCGUGUUCCGAUCAUAAGAGCUUCACUACCUACCGGUGGCUCGACCCAAUGGACCGUGGUGGGUGUUCGGUGAGGUGCAUCACUGUUCCACCGGCGGAGGUGUUCCAAAUUAGUUGUUCCCCUUACUGUUAUCCAUACAGAUAUAGUAUACUAUUCAUGGAAGUGUGGAAACCAUCAGUUACCACUAAAAACAUAAUCAUGUAAUAUAAGCUCAUGUUCUGUGUUUC